AGAGAACAACAACUCCUGGACCGAAUGAAUUCAUUAGAAAACAGUGAAUCCAAAAUUCAGGACCUCAGAAAGACCAUCUCUGGGGACUUCAAACAAAAGAUGGCCAUAUUAAAAAACAAAAUGGAGCAAACAAUUCAAUUAGGCUCUGACUUGGACGAAACGGUCAAAUCCAUUGAAGAACUGAAACGAAACAUGUCUCUUUACAGAGAGGACUUCCAAAUUCAAAAGGAAGCCCUAAAGAAUGCUAUGUCAGAUGUGAUCAAACAGAGGGAUGGAGUGGAAACAGAAAAGACAAAUAUGUUUGACAUGGAGAGAAGAGAUCUUGAUAAACUCAGAGAAGAACUGACCCAAGAGAGACAAGAUCUGGACAGAGCAAUCAACGCAAUGAAGGAAGAAAAAUUGUACUUGGAACACAUGAAGUCUGAAAGCAAGAAACUUGGGGAAGUCAUGAAGCUAGCCGAGAAUGAUUUGACGACGGAAAAGGACAAGAUGGAUAAUGCAAACAUUGAGCUUCAGCGGAAGACUGAAGCUGCCAACACGUUGAUGGAGGACAUGCAAAGAGAGAGAUUAGAACUUCAGCAACUCAAGGUACAUGUUGACUCCCAAAGAAAAAGACUUGACGUUGUCUUGGACUCAGUCGUCACACAACAAUCCGAAAGAGCCAGCAAGGAAGAAGAAAUCCAAAGACAAGCAGAAGAACUUGAAAUCAGACUGAAACAGGUUCAGACAGAAAGAGAAGAGCUCAAUGCUGUGAAUGACAGGACCAACAAAAUGAAAGAAGAGGUUGACGCUGCCAUGAUGGACCUUCUUCGUGAAAAGGAAGAAGUCAAUCAAAUGAGGGUAGCCAUAGAAAAUGAGAGAGAAAGGAGUCAAACGGAAAAGGAUAGAAUUGAAAGUGAAAAAUCUGAGUUGAAAGUAAGAGAACAACAACUCCUGGACCGAAUGAAGUCAUUAGAAAACAGUGAAUCCAAAAUUCAGGACCUCAGAAAGACCAUCUCUGGGGACUUCAAACAAAAGAUGGCCAUAUUAAAAAACAAAAUGGAGCAAACAAUUCAAUUAGGCUCUGACUUGGAGGAAACGGUCAAAUCCAUUGAAGAACUGAAGCAAAACAUGACUCUUUACAGUGAGGACUUCCAAAUUCAAAAGGAAGCCCUAAAGAAUGCUAUGUCAGAUGUGAUCAAACAGAGGGAUGGAGUGGAAACAGAAAAGACAAAUAUGUUUGACAUGGAGAGAAGAGAUCUUGAUAAACUCAGAGAAGAACUGACCCAAGAGAGACAAGAUCUGGACAGAGCAAUCAACGCAAUGAAGGAAGAAAAAUUGUACUUGGAACACAUGAAGUCUGAAAGCAAGAAACUUGGGGAAGUCAUGAAGCUAGCCGAGAAUGAUUUGACGACGGAAAAGGACAAGAUGGAUAAUGCAAACAUUGAGCUUCAGCGGAAGACUGAAGCUGCCAACACGUUGAUGGAGGACAUGCAAAGAGAGAGAUUAGAACUUCAGCAACUCAAGGUACAUGUUGACUCCCAAAGAAAAAGACUUGACGUUGUCUUGGACUCAGUCGUCACACAACAAUCCGAAAGAGCCAGCAAGGAAGAAGAAAUCCAAAGACAAGCAGAAGAACUUGAAAUCAGACUGAAACAGGUUCAGACAGAAAGAGAAGAGCUCAAUGCUGUGAAUGACAGGACCAACAAAAUGAAAGAAGAGGUUGACGCUGCCAUGAUGGACCUUCUUCGUGAAAAGGAAGAAGUCAAUCAAAUGAGGGUAGCCGUAGAAAAUGAGAGAGAAAGGAGUCAAACGGAAAAGGAUAGAAUUGAAAGUAAAAAAUCUGAGUUGAAAGUAAGAGAACAACAACUCCUGGACCGAAUGAAUUCAUUAGAAAACAGUGAAUCCAAAAUUCAGGACCUCAGAAAGACCAUCUCUGGGGACUUCAAACAAAAGAUGGCCAUAUUAAAAAACAAAAUGGAGCAAACAAUUCAAUUAGGCUCUGACUUGGACGAAACGGUCAAAUCCAUUGAAGAACUGAAGCAAAACAUGACUCUUUACAGUGAGGACUUCCAAAUUCAAAAGGAAGCCCUAAAGAAUGCUAUGUCAGAUGUGAUCAAACAGAGGGAUGGAGUGGAAACAGAAAAGACAAAUAUGUUUGACAUGGAGAGAAGAGAUCUUGAUAAACUCAGAGAAGAACUGACCCAAGAGAGACAAGAUCUGGACAGAGCAAUCAACGCAAUGAAGGAAGAAAAAUUGUACUUGGAACACAUGAAGUCUGAAAGCAAGAAACUUGGGGAAGUCAUGAAGCUAGCCGAGAAUGAUUUGACGACGGAAAAGGACAAGAUGGAUAAUGCAAACAUUGAGCUUCAGCGGAAGACUGAAGCUGCCAACACGUUGAUGGAGGACAUGCAAAGAGAGAGAUUAGAACUUCAGCAACUCAAGGUACAUGUUGACUCCCAAAGAAAAAGACUUGACGUUGUCUUGGACUCAGUCGUCACACAACAAUCCGAAAGAGCCAGCAAGGAAGAAGAAAUCCAAAGACAAGCAGAAGAACUUGAAAUCAGACUGAAACAGGUUCAGACAGAAAGAGAAGAGCUCAAUGCUGUGAAUGACAGGACCAACAAAAUGAAAGAAGAGGUUGACGCUGCCAUGAUGGACCUUCUUCGUGAAAAGGAAGAAGUCAAUCAAAUGAGGGUAGCCAUAGAAAAUGAGAGACAAAGGACUCAAACUGAAAAGGAUAGAAUUGAAAGUGAAAAAUCUGAGUUGAAAGUAAGAGAACAACAACUCCUGGACCGAAUGAAGUCAUUAGAAAACAGUGAAUCCAAAAUUCAGGACCUCAGUAAGACCAUCUCUGGGGACUUCAAACAAAAGAUGGCCAUAUUAAAAAACAAAAUGGAGCAAACAAUUCAAUUAGGCUCUGACUUGGACGAAACGGUCAAAUCCAUUGAAGAACUGAAGCAAAACAUGACUCUUUACAGUGAGGACUUCCAAAUUCAAAAGGAAGCCCUAAAGAAUGCUAUGUCAGAUGUGAUCAAACAGAGGGAUGGAGUGGAAACAGAAAAGACAAAUAUGUUUGACAUGGAGAGAAGAGAUCUUGAUAAACUCAGAGAAGAACUGACCCAAGAGAGACAAGAUCUGGACAGAGCAAUCAACGCAAUGAAGGAAGAAAAAUUGUACUUGGAACACAUGAAGUCUGAAAGCAAGAAACUUGGGGAAGUCAUGAAGCAAGCCGAGAAUGAUUUGACGACGGAAAAGGACAAGAUGGAUAAUGCAAACAUUGAGCUUCAGCGGAAGACUGAAGCUGCCAACACUUUGAUGGAGGACAUGCAAAGAGAGAGAUUAGAACUUCAGCAACUCAAGGUACAUGUUGACUCCCAAAGAAAAAGACUUGACGUUGUCUUGGACUCAGUCAUCACACAACAAUCCGAAAGAGCCAGCAAGGAGGAAGAAAUCCAAAGACAAGCAGAAGAACUUGAAAUCAGACUGAAACAGGUUCAGACAGAAAGAGAAGAGCUCAAUGCUGUGAAUGACAGGACCAACAAAAUGAAAGAAGAGGUUGACGCUGCCAUGAUGGACCUUCUUCGUGAAAAGGAAGAAGUCAAUCAAAUGAGGGUAGCCGUAGAAAAUGAGAGAGAAAGGAGUCAAACGGAAAAGGAUAGAAUUGAAAGUAAAAAAUCUGAGUUGAAAGUAAGAGAACAACAACUCCUGGACCGAAUGAAUUCAUUAGAAAACAGUGAAUCCAAAAUUCAGGACCUCAGAAAGACCAUCUCUGGGGACUUCAAACAAAAGAUGGCCAUAUUAAAAAACAAAAUGGAGCAAACAAUUCAAUUAGGCUCUGACUUGGAGGAAACGGUCAAAUCCAUUGAAGAACUGAAACGAAACAUAUCUCUUUACAGAGAGGACUUCCAAAUUCAAAAGGAAGCCCUAAAGAAUGCUAUGUCAGAUGUGAUCAAAGAGAGGGAUGGAGUGGAAACAGAAAAGACAAAUAUGUUUGACAUGGAGAGAAGAGAUCUUGAUAAACUCAGAGAAGAACUGACCCAAGAGAGACAAGAUCUGGACAGAGCAAUCAACGCAAUGAAGGAAGAAAAAUUGUACUUGGAACACAUGAAGUCUGAAAGCAAGAAACUUGGGGAAGUCAUGAAGCUAGCCGAGAAUGAUUUGACGACGGAAAAGGACAAGAUGGAUAAUGCAAACAUUGAGCUUCAGAGGAAGACUGAAGCUGCCAACACGUUGAUGGAGGACAUGCAAAGAGAGAGAUUAGAACUUCAGCAACUCAAGGUACAUGUUGACUCCCAAAGAAAAAGACUUGACGUUGUCUUGGACUCAGUCGUCACACAACAAUCCGAAAGAGCCAGCAAAGAAGAAGAAAUCCAAAGACAAGCAGAAGAACUUGAAAUCAGACUGAAACAGGUUCAGACAGAAAGAGAAGAGCUCAAUGCUGUGAAUGACAGGACCAACAAAAUGAAAGAUGAGGUUGACGCUGCCAUGAUGGACCUUCUUCGUGAAAAGGAAGAAGUCAAUCAAAUGAGGGUAGCCGUAGAAAAUGAGAGAGAAAGGAGUCAAACGGAAAAGGAUAGAAUUGAAAGUAAAAAAUCUGAGUUGAAAGUAAGAGAACAACAACUCCUGGACCGAAUGUAUUCAUUAGAAAACAGUGAAUCCAAAAUUCAGGACCUCAGAAAGACCAUCUCUGGGGACUUCAAAGAAAAGAUGGCCAUAUUAAAAAACAAAAUGGAGCAAACAAUUCAAUUAGGCUCUGACUUAGAGGAAACGGUCAAAUCCAUUGAAGAACUGAAACGAAACAUGUCUCUUUACAGAGAGGACUUCCAAAUUCAAAAGGAAGCCCUAAAGAAUGCUAUGUCAGAUGUGAUCAAAGAGAGGGAUGGAAUGGAAACAGAAAAGACAAAUAUGUUUAACAUGGAGAGAAGAGAUCUUGAUAAACUCAGAGAAGAACUGACCCAAGAGAGACAAGAUCUGGACAGAGCAAUCAACGCAAUGAAGGAAGAAAAAUUGUACUUGGAACACAUGAAGUCUGAAAGCAAGAAACUUGGGGAAGUCAUGAAGCUAGCCGAGAAUGAUUUGACGACGGAAAAGGACAAGAUGGAUAAUGCAAACAUUGAGCUUCAGAGGAAGACUGAAGCUGCCAACACGUUGAUGGAGGACAUGCAAAGAGAGAGAUUAGAACUUCAGCAACUCAAGGUACAUGUUGACUCCCAAAGAAAAAGACUUGACGUUGUCUUGGACUCAGUCGUCACACAACAAUCCGAAAGAGCCAACAAAGAAGAAGAAAUCCAAAGACAAGCAGAAGAACUUGAAAUCAGACUGAAACAGGUUCAGACAGAAAGAGAAGAGCUCAAUGCUGUGAAUGACAGGACCAACAAAAUGAAAGAAAAGGUUGACGCUGCCAUGAUGGACCUUCUUCGUGAAAAGGAAGAAGUCAAUCAAAUGAGGGUAGCCAUAGAAAAUGAGAGACAAAGGACUCAAACUGAAAAGGAUAGAAUUGAAAGUGAAAAAUCUGAGUUGAAAGUAAGAGAACAACAACUCCUGGACCGAAUGAAGUCAUUAGAAAACAGUGAAUCCAAAAUUCAGGACCUCAGUAAGACCAUCUCUGGGGACUUCAAAGAAAAGAUGGCCAUAUUAAAAAACAAAAUGGAGCAAACAAUUCAAUUAGGCUCUGACUUGGAGGAAACGGUCAAAUCCAUUGAAGAACUGAAGCAAAACAUGACUCUUUACAGUGAGGACUUCCAAAUUCAAAAGGAAGCCCUAAAGAAUGCUAUGUCAGAUGUGAUCAAACAGAGGGAUGGAGUGGAAACAGAAAAGACAAAUAUGUUUGACAUGGAGAGAAGAGAUCUUGAUAAACUCAGAGAAGAACUGACCCAAGAGAGACAAGAUCUGGACAGAGCAAUCAACGCAAUGAAGGAAGAAAAAUUGUACUUGGAACACAUGAAGUCUGAAAGCAAGAAACUUGGGGAAGUCAUGAAGCAAGCCGAGAAUGAUUUGACGACGGAAAAGGACAAGAUGGAUAAUGCAAACAUUGAGCUUCAGCGGAAGACUGAAGCUGCCAACACUUUGAUGGAGGACAUGCAAAGAGAGACAUUAGAACUUCAGCAACUCAAGGUACAUGUUGACUCCCAAAGAAAAAGACUUGACGUUGUCUUGGACUCAGUCAUCACACAACAAUCCGAAAGAGCCAGCAAGGAGGAAGAAAUCCAAAGACAAGCAGAAGAACUUGAAAUCAGACUGAAACAGGUUCAGACAGAAAGAGAAGAGCUCAAUGCUGUGAAUGACAGGACCAACAAAAUGAAAGAAGAGGUUGACGCUGCCAUGAUGGACCUUCUUCGUGAAAAGGAAGAAGUCAAUCAAAUGAGGGUAGCCGUAGAAAAUGAGAGAGAAAGGAGUCAAACGGAAAAGGAUAGAAUUGAAAGUAAAAAAUCUGAGUUGAAAGUAAGAGAACAACAACUCCUGGACCGAAUGAAUUCAUUAGAAAACAGUGAAUCCAAAAUUCAGGACCUCAGAAAGACCAUCUCUGGGGACUUCAAACAAAAGAUGGCCAUAUUAAAAAACAAAAUGGAGCAAACAAUUCAAUUAGGCUCUGACUUGGAGGAAACGGUCAAAUCCAUUGAAGAACUGAAACGAAACAUGUCUCUUUACAGAGAGGACUUCCAAAUUCAAAAGGAAGCCCUAAAGAAUGCUAUGUCAGAUGUGAUCAAAGAGAGGGAUGGAGUGGAAACAGAAAAGACAAAUAUGUUUGACAUGGAGAGAAGAGAUCUUGAUAAACUCAGAGAAAAACUGACCCAAGAGAGACAAGAUCUGGACAGAGCAAUCAACGCAAUGAAGGGAGACGAUUAUGAGUUUUUCGUUUCAACAGAGCAGAAUGAACUGCAAUUUAAGGUAAUUUUAGAGGAGUAUGAACUCAAGAAGCUGUUUGAAUCAUUGUAUAUCUUCAUGAGAAAGCUUAAACAUUAUAACUCAAUGACCUUUGAUUUAAUCUCAGCAAAGUUUGACUGGUUACUACAGAUUAACAGACAAAAUGUUGAUACUUUGUCUGUAUAUGAAAGAACAAUUGAUGUAGAGUCAUGGAAAUAUAUAAUUGGUGCUCUUCACAAAUUUAUACAGCAUGUAAAGCGAUUUCCUGCCAAAAUAAAAAGUGAUAAAAAAGUUCAAACUGAAUCUGAAGAGUUGCCUGUGAAGAUUCAAAAUGUACAACAGGAUCUUUUGCAUCAUGAAACAGAACAUCCACUAAAGUAUGGGGAAGAUACUUUUAGCUUUAAAGUAAAAGAUGAAUAUUUUUCAUCUAAGGGGGAAAGUAUUAAAAAUGAUGUUCAUGUGAAUGAGGAAAAAAGAGAUCACUUGCGAAAGAUCUGGAAGGUCACAAGAAUAGAUCAGAAGGAGAUUCGUCAGAUGAAGAGCAGAGGUCAGGAGAUAAGACACAAUUUGGAAAAACGAUUAAAAUUGGUCAAUCAAUUUGUUAAAAGAACUGUGUUACAAAAAGAAAAGACAAUUUUAGAGGACUCAGUGUGGGUACAAAACCAAAGUACAGAACCUUUAACUCAAAGUGACAGUUUUAAAAACAGUGAGAUACCUAUUUCUAAGUAUAUGGAGCUCCACCACCUUAAAGCUACUGUGCUAAAAGAAAUUGAGAAUCUCCACACUAAAGGAAAAUCUCCAAACACCAUGACCAGCGAGAAAGGAAACCAGACUGCUCAGGUUGACAUGACCGCAGUCAGUGAGCAGAUUACAGGAGUAGAUGGAGGGAGUCAUUCAGAAACAUCAAAAGGACUCCUCUGUCAGCUUCGUCAUUAUUGCUCUCGUUGUUGCUGUCUUUGUUGUUCCUGUCAAAAGAGAAUGUGCCCGAAUGAAAAAUAAGAGGCAACUUCUUAACAUUACUAUUGUUCAUGUUUAUUCUGCCCGUUUGUUUUUGAAGCAGCUUUUCAAUGAUCAGUAAACCUACAGCAACCUUUUAGUGUUAGCGUCCAAGCCUCUUGGGACCGGAAAGUAAUGUUUGCAGCAAAUCCCUGAAAAACACAAUGCUAAAAUUGUCAUUUUAAUGAUAUAUUUGCAACAGAAAACCUUAUAAAGUUUAUAAAAAGUUUUGUUUCAUUUGUGUUUGCACUGCUUUCUAUGUUUUUUGCAUUUUGUUUAGCAACUUACUAUCUUGAUUUUUUAAUGGGCAAAUGAAGCCAUUAUUUUUAGUUUGUGUUGUUGUUGUUUGAUUUCCAUUCAAAUCUAAUUUAAAAUA